AUGGCACCCCAACCAGCUGAGCUCGAUCGCACCUUUGUCAAUUUAACCGAUGAUCCUGCUGAGGGCCGAGGCGCGAGGCGCACGUACAUUCGGCGGGCGGUGAUGAAAAACUUCCACAAGCAGCGAAACCAGAAGAAGAAGGCCAUGAGGCGUGAGGCCGGGACAGCUUCAUUAAUUCUCGAAAAUGGACCAUUAGAUCCGGGUCCCUUAAUUGACUGGCAAUCGGGUCCACCAUAUCAUGCCUUGAUACCCAAGUUCAGCCUCUUUGAACAGAGGAGAUUCUCCGAUCCGUCAAUGAUGCAAAUGAGCAAUUUCGUAUUGCGAUAUCUAUGCGGCCAAGCUUCGAAAGCGACACACGACAUAUCCCUGAUCAAUACGUUUACCACAUGGGAGCUACUAUCUGCGGCGCAAACUGUCGCCAUAUACGUUCUCUUGAGGGUUAAGCUAGGGGAAAACAACCCGGCCUUUCCCAAUGGAGACAUUGCGCUUCUUUACACUCUUGGGGCCAUCUAUAGACGCCUCCAUUCUGAAAGUUUACUAGACCUUUAUCAUCAUCCCAGCAGUGACUGGAAACAGUGGGUGUUUGUCGAAUCCUUCAUCCGCAUUGCCACCAUCUACUUUACGCUAAACGUGGUUGUAUCAAUGGAGUUCGGGCUGCCCUGCAAUAGUCCAGAUGAUUGGAACAUCGAUAGUAUGCUGCUACCGGCUUCGAAGGCCUCGUGGGCCGCCCAGGAUACUGCAGAUUGGACAAAAUUCACAAACGGUUUACCGCCGUAUAAGCAAUUGACGUGGAAAGACUUACAUGGUCCGGCAAAAGCGUUACACGAUUGCCCAAUAGAAGAAUGGAAGGAAGGCUCUGAUGAACUGGGAAUGAUUGUCACAAUGGUUAUGACCUUGAGAGCCCAAGAGUCACGCUAUCAAAGUCCAUCCUCUGUGUCGGGCUGA